AUGAAGUUCCUCGAUUGUCCAACACUCGCUAAUCUAUCUGAGGCGCUCAACCAUGAGGGACCUGAAUGCUCUGUCCAUACCCGCAUCGAAGCCUACUCGUGCAAGCAGAUAAAGCGAGACAAGAAGUUGUUCAAAUCGCUCGAACAAAGCUACCAAACCGACGUAUCCAACUCCCCACCGCUUCCAAGCUGGACUGGGCUCGACCGUGAGGCCGAAAUGACACCCUUUGGUCCGAUAGGCAAGGAAUCAUCAAGAAAGACACUCUACCUCCUCAUAUCAACGCUGAACAACGCGUUCCCGGACUACGACUUUUCGAAUAUCCAGCCAAGCCAGUUCAACAAAGAGGAAAGCGGGGCCUCUGUGUUAAAUGCGUUAAGCACAACACUGGUCGCCCCACACAGAGCGGGAAUGACCGCCCCGCGCACUUACUCAUCUUACCCACCAAGCUCAUCUGACGCCUUUCCCUCUUCUGAACCCACUUCUUCUUCACCUCUGAGCUCAAUUUUGCGGAGUCCCUUCGCCCCACCACCUAUUGUCUCAGGCACGCAUCCCACGUUGUUUCGCCUCAUUGACGAAGUUAUUGGCCUGAAAGAAUGCGAGGUCUUCUCAUAUGCACCAGAGAUAGAGUCGGACCCGCAUGCCAGUGACUUUUCCGAUGACGAGGUUGACAUUUCACCCGACGAUGAAGAGGGGUCCUCGUCUGACGAAGAGUUGUUCCAGUUUGAUGACUAUGACGUCGACGAAAUCAAACCACCAAACCGUGCCAGAAGUCGGUAUAGUGUAGCAACACCAAGAGUUGCUGCACUCUCAAGCGGCUUCACUCCAUCCUACAAGCGUCGAGGAACUUUGCUGUGGUCAUCUCACUGGUUUUUCUUGAAUCGAAAAUUGAAGCGCAUUCUUUUCGUUUCCAUCUGGGCGCGUAGUCGUGGCUUGAACCGUUCUUGGACAAGUGACGAGGAAUUUGAUGCACUUCACUCCAAGACUCAGAAGGAGCGCUUUCUGGGAUGGGAGGGCGGCGCUGGCGCUGGCGCCCGUGCUUUGGGCCUUUGA